AUGGAGAGCGGCCCAAAGGUAUCCGCACCAAAAUGUCCAGCAACCAAGUCACAGGGUUCUUUCGACAAAUAUGAUGAUCAUGACCUUGCGGCUCCCUCUUUGCCCCAGCAUCACAAUCCUGGCAAGCAAAGCGGCAAGCAGACUUCGCGCAGGCGACCUGCAACAGCGGAAAAGGAGUUCUCAGCAUCGAAAAAGUCGACGAUCGCCUCCAAAAAGAAUGCAUUCCGCACACAUAAUAGCACUCAGCCUCCGAAAAUUUUGCUCAGCCAAGGAAACACCGAAGAGGAGGUUGCGGGCGGGGAAAACUUAGGUCGGAAAGGUCCCUCUUGA